AUGGCUUCAGAAUACGAGCGAACGAUUCUGGAUUUCUACCAGCUCCCCACGCCAUACCCCAACGAGUGGCCUGCCGAGAAGAAUCAGAGCGAUGCAUCCGAUGACGAAGGGGACAUCCAAGAUGAGAAGAAGGCAAAGUUGCAGCGCCGAAAGUCGCGAUACCAGGCUCUAGAAAGAGCGGUCAGCGAUCGACGGAGCACGAUACCUGGGGCUCAGUCAGAGAAGGGAGGGGUCGGCAAUAUCGUCCAGCGGGACGAGCCUGAUCCCUUGGGUACCACCGACAGCGUGGUCAGGACUCUCCGUCAGCUGGGAGUGCCGAUUCAAGACGACCCGCGCCUGCGCAACCGAUUUCUCCUAUCCUCGACCACCUUCUCCCCCGCCCUCUUCCUGUCACAGAUGCAUGCCACUGCCGACACUCAAAGCCUGCUGGUCGGCCUGGACACUCUGUCUCAGUCAAUUGAUCAAAAGUCUGCAUCACUUAAGGUCCUGGUGGAAACCAACUUUGAGCGCUUCGUCAAGGCCAAGGCGACUAUAGAUAAUGUCUACAAGGAGAUGAAAUACCGCGGCGCCGAGCCGCCCCCACCGCCCCCAACGGGUCGCGCCCGGGCUCACUCCCGCCACGCCAGCCGAAGCAGCUUCCGAGGCAGCAACAGCAACCUGAAUCUCGCUGCCUCCCUAGGGUCCCCAACGUCGGACGCGCGCAAGAAGAACGCGCUGGUUAAGGAAAGCGAGUAUGGCGUCGCGGGAAUCAAAGCACCUCUGCUAGACGUUUCCGCCAAGGCAGAGGAUGUGUGGGGUCCGGCACUGGGAGGCCGCGAAAAGGAGGAGAAUCUCAAGAUCGUGUCUGCAAACCUCGAUCAGUUCAAGGAUUAUGUUGAACUGAGCUCGGCGAUUGCCGACAGCAUCAAGCGGAGGGACUACGAGAGUCUCGUAGAGGAGUACAACAAGGCACGCAAGUUCUCCGACAAUGCGCGGGCUUUGGCGGCGAACAUCCCACCUGACGCUCCGUCGGACGCAAUUUACCAGAUCGUUCUAGCGGCACGUAUGUGGCACGACGUGGACGAGCAGAUCCAGGCCUUCAAGCGCGACGUCUGGCGGAAGCUUAUUACGCUUCACGGCGUGGCCAAAGCCGACAACGUGGGCCAGCAAGAUCAGCACAUGGAGCUGAUUAGCCUGCUUUUGGAGCUGGGCGUGGACGACAAUCCGAUUUGGGUCUGGCUGCUUAGUCGGUAUGACCACCUCAAGGGAAAGAUCCAAUCGACGUCUGAUCGCUCCAAGGUCGAAGUCGAGGUAUUGCGACGACGCCUGGCCAAUGCCGACAAGCCUGGCUCGCACAUGGUUGCUUCCCAUCUCCGUUCUUUAGGCCGCGCCGCGGUUGAGGACAAGAUUGCAUCGGCAGACUCUGCCGACGUCAUCGAAUUGUGGGAGAAGAUGCUGGCGUUCCUGUCGAGUAUCCUUUCUUCGCAGGGUAUCUUGGGGGAGGUGGUGGACUUUUGGCAGAUCGUACAGGGCUUCCUUGAUGGCAAAAUCCAGCGCACGUUGCCGUUGGGUUACAACGGAGAGUCACAACAUCACCACCAGCUCACGGAGCAAGGUGCGGGCGAUCUACAAAAGGGCACACUGGAGCUUGUCGACAUGAUUCGCGAGACAGUGUUUGCCUUCUUCGCAGGCCCACCUCCUGAAGAUAUCUCCUUGUUGUUCUCGCCUCUUCCAAUGUCGCCAAAGAGCCCGCCGUCCGCCGGCGCCGGAAACCUCACGCCCACUGGGCUGAGAGAUCCUCGACUUAAUCUUGACCCUAACAACAUUCCGCCACCGUCCCCCAAGCGUGGCGAGACGUGGGAGAAGCUGGCGUUCUGGCCUCCAUGGUCGAACUCGGUCAGCGGUGUCCAUUAUCUCUCCAAGAUGCUCGCCCUGGUGGGCUCGGGUGCAUCUGAUCUGGCGAGUAUUGGUCCGGUUGUCAACGGACCGGAUGCCAGCAUCCUGGAACGACUUAAGUCUCUCGUCAACGUUGCCAGGGAGCGAUGUGUCACUGCUCUCUGUGCCGCAUGGAACAAGGACGCCGAGAACAUCAAGUUUGUGGAGGAUUGGCACCGGUCACCAGAACUCGGCGACCUCACCCGCAUGCCCUCGAGUUUUUCCGCUUUUGAGGGCGCAUUGCUCGGUGGCAUGCAGAAGAUCCUUUACAUAUCCGAAGCCAUGUCCAAGCCUGGUGCGGGGGAUAUUGUCCUCCCACCGCCUAGUAAACUCUUGCAGAUGGUCCGAAGCCAGUACGUCACGACGCUCUAUAAGGCGUUGAGCGGCAUGGUGGAAAACGCAGAGCGAUCUGUCAAGAAGGUUGACGACGACUGGACAACCGAUAUGGACGGUACAAUCGUUGCCACCGCCCCGCCGGCUCCUAGCGGCGGAAGAGCGACACUCGAUGCUGGAGACAGAAACGUCCGCAUGCUCCUUACUCUGAGCAAUCUGCAGGCCCUCCGAGCCAAAGUGGUCCCAAGCCUCAACUCGCAGUUCGAGAAUGCCUUUUCGGUGAAGCUCAGUGACGAGUCCAAGACGAUCAAGGAUGUCCUGGGUCAGAUUGACGCCAGGCUCUUCCAGUCUUAUACCCGGCCAUCCAUAGAACAGCUGCGGAACAUUGUCCAAGCUGGGGUUGCCUCGACAGACUGGGUUCCCGAACCGGGCCAGAAACCGCGUGAAGCGAAGCCCUAUGUCUACGAGGCUCUUCUGAGCCUUGUUCUAGUCCACACUCAAGUGUCGACCACCGCGCCUACUCUUACUUCGCAAGUGCUAUCUUACCUUCUCGAGCAAACAAGUCGCGAGCUUCUCGAGGCAUUCCGCACGCGACAGAGAUACACCCUUGAGGCUCUCAUGCAAGCCACCCUGGACGUUGAGUUCGUUGCGCAGACACUCAGCCAGUACACCACGGACCGUGCAUCUCAACUUCAGAGCGAGAUUUACCAGGAACUGGACGGGCGCACCGAUAACGACGCCCGCGCUCGGCUGCAAAGCGAGCUCCCAGAGAUGCGGAGCGUAUUGAAGCGGCUGCGCGAGGCGAGCAAGAACGAGUUUGCCUGCUUCAGGAAGAUAAAGCGUCCUGGCAUGGGACCUACAAGGACUGGCACGGGAGAUUCUGUCUCCAGCAUUGGAAAGGGCUAG